CGUCCGUUUCAAAUCUCCCGAUUAGAAAAAAACAAUAAUCAUUGCUUCUCUAUUCUGCAACAAAAAUCAUGCGUACGACGGAUUACAGUAACCAAAUUCCUGGUCUUAUAUUGAUAGAGGACUUUGUCGGUCGCGAGGAAGAAGCAGCAAUGAUUGACGCUGUGGACGACAAUCAAUGGUGUGGUUUAGGUAUCAGUCCCAACCCAGAGCUGAAAAGAAGAACACAGCAAUAUGGCCAUUUGUUCAGCUACAGAUACAGAAAGGUGCUUGAGGAACUUGGUCCAUUGCCCGAAUUUUCAAGUGCGAUCGUCGAUCGUAUUAUGAAACAAGAACUCAUGCCAAACGUACCAAAUCACCUUCUGGUAAAUGAAUAUAAUCUCGGCCAGGGAAUCAUGCCACACACAGAUGCACCAGCGCUAUUUGGACCGGCCAUUUUAUCACUGUCGCUGUUGUCUGCAUGCGUUAUGAAGUUUACUCACGUGGAGACAGGUCAUACCCUCGACAUCCUGCUACCACGUCUAUCAAUGGUGGUAAUGACGGGCGAUUCAAGGUACAAAUACAAACAUUCAAUUUCCAAGGAUCAUAUCGAUACGGCAUCGGAUGGCACCACCGUGCACAGGGAUCGACGCGUGUCCUUUACUUUCCGAGGUGAACAUCAUGUUUUUGCUUUUUAAACUGACAACCCCCUUGCAACUUCCACCCCUGGAUGAUAUACUGACGUCCUGUCUUUUUUAUGGUGAUUUCUGGGAUGGGUUCCCGUUGGGUGGAUUGGGUGUUGCAGAGAUCAUAGCUUGGGAAGUUCCAGCAGCAGAGAACACGUGCAACGCUGCCACUACUGCCCCUCGGUAGUAUUGGCGCUAGGUGUAGUGGUGAUAGAUAGUACCACUUGCUCUUUUCACCCUUUCUCUUAUAAACAACCCCCUUUGCUGUGCUUGCACCGCCCCCUUCCUCGUAGCUUCUUCCUCUCCCUCCCUCUCUCUCUCUCUCUCUCGUUCUCUACUAUUUCUAUUCUUAUAAAAAGUAAAAUAUAUAUAUACAACACGUCCGACCUACACCU